GAGACGAGCAUAGAGAAGAAAAGCGGGUGGAGAGAAAAAUUAAAAAGAAGAAAACGAGAAAAGUUUGAAAAAUUACAAAGUUGUGUUGGCAGAAAGAAAGUUUCUUUUUCGUCUCUUUACAGGCAAACUGAUUAUAUUUCUUGGGCACUUGUAACGCGUUGGCUAUAAUUACAACGUUGUUGAAUCACAAAAGUGACGAUCAUUAGUCGUUGUAUGUAUUUAUUAAUCUAUUCGUCGAGCUUUGCCGCUGGACGACACAAAGCAUUUUUCGAAUCAGUUCCUAAAUUCACGCAAAAAAAGAUAUCAAGAAUAUCAAAGAGUUAAAGGUGAAUUCUUUGACUACUUCGAAUGUGACGCGACGGUUAAUCUUAAUACUACAUAUCCCACAUAUCGUGGGUAAAUCGGUCGUUGGAAGGGCUCGUAGCGCGUCUCGAUCAAAUAUUCAUUUCUAUCCGAAACGAACAACGUUUGUACGCGAUUUACUCGUAAAUUACUAAGAAAUUGAUUUUCAGUUUCCCUGUUUCUUUUUGGAAAAGAACACAAACGAUCGUGCUAAAAGAUAAAAUCGAAAAGAAAAGGAAAUACAAGAGCAGAAUAACGAAAGUUAGUUAUUAUUGCCGUCGUCGAGUAGUAGACGAUCCCAACUAUCGUGACUGUAACGCGUAAAAGGACUGGACGCGGCAUUUUUUGACGACUGUUUGACGACGACCGACGACCGACGACCGACGACCGACGACCGAUAAACCACGAACGACGACAAAUCAUCAACAUCUUUUCAGGAAAAGAACCAAAGGAGAAGGGGGACAGGACGAGAGAAAGCGCGGCGGGAGGGGGGUAAACAGAAAGUUGACGAGAAGCGUGUAAGAGAACGAUAAAACGAUAAAGUGGAAGAGAAAGAAUAAAUAGAGAAAGAAGAGAGAGAGAGAGAGAGAGAGAGAGGUUGGUAAAGGGAGGAGAAGAAAGCGAAAACUGUUUCUAUUAUACAUGAAACUGUUUCGUCGACGAGGUUGGUGACGAUCGUGUUGGAAAGAAAGGAGAUUGAGAUACGAGAUCGUUGAUGAAGAAAAAAUUAGGCUCGAAUCAUGCGACGCUGCGAUUCGACGAGAAAUACGUUGAAAAUUGGAUUAAUUGGCAUCGAGGUAAAAGAGAGGGAUAAAGUAAAUAACCAGCGUUCAGUCAGCAAGGAGGACUUGUAACGCUGUUUGCAUUUUCUCGCCUCGCCUCGCCUCGCCUCGCCUUUCGACGAUUUGUAUGUGUGCUUGGAACAAGAUUGACGAAAUAGCCUAGUUGUUACUUCGAUAGACCAGCUUCGAAACACAGAGAAUUAUAGUGAUCGAUACGAUACGGUGAACGUACAAUACGAUAUCGUGAUAUUAUUAUAUCAGUCAGCCUCUGAAUUGGGAUCGAGGGAUUUUCGUUGGACGCGUUUCGAUUCGACGAAUAGGAGGAACACGUUGGUUGGUUGGGACGUCGAAGGAGCUCGUUACUCGAUAAAUUGGAAUCAGUCAAGAACGAACACGGGAAAUUGUUUCGCUUCUAGUUUGGUUAAGCGAACGAUCGAAUAUGGAAAUCGCAGCCUCUGCAAUGUUGGAUGGCCUGAAAAACAAUCGAAUCAGCAAGUUGGCACUGUCGCGGUUCUUGUCGCAGAGUCUACAAAAUUUGUCCAAAGUAUCGAAGAGCGGAUCGGAUCGGUUCGCGCCAGGUUUUGUGAUUCGAAGAGAAUAAUUCGCUUGAGGAAGUGUAUUAUCGAGCAAAGAGAAAGAAGAAAAAGAUUGCAAAGUUUAGAGGCGGCUAGAGGUUGCACACGCGUAUAAAUAGGAAAGUACGUUCUUCGUUUUUCGUCUUCUUUCAAUGGAAUAGAUCAUAAACUCGAUAACAGGAAUGUGAACUCUGGUUCUCGCAAUAAUCGUGGUUAAAGACUCUCUCGGAACGAUAAAAUCAUGUGGGCUGCAGUCACGAGGUCUUUGGAAAUACUGGUUGCCUUCUUCGAGUAUUACACCACCAGAGCGCAAUUGGAGACAACCGAUAGCCCGGCGAACAAACCAACAACAUCGACAAGUGGAAGCGGAGCGGCGGGAACUAGCGGUUCAAGCGGUUUGACGACGAGCGGGGCAACCGCGGGAGCUAGCGGAUCGGGGUCUGGCGUGGGAGCCGCGUCUGGUAUUGGAAAUGCGAACGCAGGAACGAGCGGGGCGAACGCGAUUUCCCUCGGCGGUGCUAGUAGCGGGUCGGCCGCUGGAACGGCCGAACCUCGCACUCCCACCGCUGGAGUGCAAAACAAACAGCUGCAGAAUGUCAAAGGAGAUCAUCCGUCGAAAGCGUUUCUGCAGAGCAGAUCGAUGUCUUUGGUGGACAUGUACAUCGAUAAUUCAGAACCCAGCGAGAAUGUUGGUCAAAUACAUUUCAGCUUGGAAUAUGAUUUUCAAAACACUACGCUUAUCUUACGUAUUAUACAGGGUAAAGAUUUGCCGGCAAAGGACUUAUCCGGGACGUCCGAUCCUUACGUCCGCGUAACCCUUCUGCCGGACAAGAAACACCGACUAGAGACGAAGAUAAAGAGACGCACUCUAAAUCCUCGAUGGAACGAAACAUUUUAUUUCGAAGGUUUCCCGAUUCAAAAGUUACAAAGCAGAGUGUUGCAUUUACACGUGUUCGAUUACGAUCGAUUUUCCAGGGACGAUUCUAUCGGAGAAAUGUUUCUUCCGCUAUGUCAGGUUGACUUUUCGGACAAACCGUCAUUUUGGAAAGCCCUGAAACCACCGGCGAAGGAUAAGUGUGGCGAAUUAUUGUGUUCCUUGUGUUAUCAUCCGAGCAAUUCCGUACUCACUUUGACGCUUUUAAAAGCGAGAAACUUGAAAGCAAAAGAUAUUAACGGAAAAUCAGAUCCAUAUGUAAAAGUAUGGUUGCAAUUCGGCGACAAGAGGAUCGAAAAACGGAAGACACCUAUAUUUAAAUGUACUCUGAAUCCAGUAUUCAACGAAGCAUUUUCGUUUAACGUACCAUGGGAAAAGAUUCGAGAAUGUUCCUUGGACGUAAUGGUGAUGGACUUCGAUAACAUCGGUCGAAAUGAGUUGAUCGGACGAAUUCAACUUGCAGGAAAAAACGGCAGUGGAGCGAGCGAAACGAAACACUGGCAAGAUAUGAUUACGAAGCCGCGGCAGACGAUCGUACAAUGGCAUCGACUAAAGCCAGAGUAAAGGUUUGAACGUAUCUGGUGCUACUUGUAUACGUUACGAGCACAUUGGAGAUCGUCGAUCAAACCUAGACCUGUAACAUCGAGAGUAUCUUCUGAAUUCUCGAGCCCCUUUAACUUUGACACUAUUUCGCGUCGUCUUUUUCUUCUACUUACUUUUCUCUUUUUUUCAUUUUCCGCCGUCUCUUUGUUUCUUUCUUCUCUUAUAUAUCCCCUUCCCGUUUUUUAUUUCCUACUUCGCAUAAAAUCGAUCAAAAUCUACCGAGAUCUUUGGCACGAUUUCGAAGUGCCUGUUGAUUUCGAUUCACGCACUUUUCGCAGUCGAGUAUCGUGUCGAAUCGAAAGUGACAGACAUUCCGUCGGCUUACCCAUACAAAUAUAGUUCACUACGUGGCGUUUCGUUUGGUUUCAUGCGACGACGUUCUUCUGUAUAGAAAAAUACGGAGGAAAUCAACUGGUGUUCUAGCUUCUUUAUUUUCCCUCGAUUGCUCUAUCGGUUGGCUGGAAAUGGGAAAGAACAGAGGAAAGGUCGAGCGUCCAUAUCGAGCGAAAGAUUUCCCUUUCCCCCAGGAUACUUAUGAGCAGAAACUGUUUCUGUACGUUGCGUUACGAUCGAACCAUUUUCUCCGGCGCAACGUCGAUAUUUCCUGUCGGUUAGUUCUUUGUCCUCCUUUUUCUUCAUGCACGACAACGAUUCACGACGAAUAUAUAUCCGUAUUCAGCUCCCUCGCGCGAACGAUAACGAGCUCGUUCUCACGCGAGAUCGUGUGCCGCGAUGUUUGAACAUACCGAUAUACGUUUCGAGCGAACGACGAGACGCCCGAAACAGCGACCGAUCGAUAUUACUUUUGCGACUCUAUUGACAUUUAACAUCGAACAUUAUUUUUAUGAGUGUUUUGCACGAGUAAGUACGUACCGAGUACGUAAUACCGUUGCUUCGAAAUACGUUGAUGCGAUUCAGCGUCAACCUCGUCCCUGUUUCCCGUAUAUUCAUCCCCGGUGUCUUUCGAUUCUACCAUCAGAUAUCAAAGCGUUACGACAAAGAAAAGAAAUGUCUGCUCGUCUACCAAUCUUCAAAAAGUUUCCCUUUAUUACGCGCUUUCUGUUUCAUCCCUUUGCCCCGAUUUCAUCAUUUCUCAUUUUUGAGUCGGCCGUUAAAAUCCAUUGUUGACCGAAGGUAGAACCAAACUCGGCUAUCUUCUUUCCCCUUUAGUCGCGUUCCCACGAUAUCCUAAGUUUUAACUGUUUACAACUGUUGUUCAACUGCUCAAGUUCAACUGUUUCAACUCUUUUUCUUCCAAUUUUUUCUUCUCCCUUUUCAUUUCUGUUUCUUUUCCCUUUGUUAUAUCCCUUUGUUAUAUUGGUUAUUUGGUAGCGUGCAAUUGCUCAUCGCGUACGUGCACGAAUGAUCGAAACGGGGGAACACCGGAAUAUAAUAUUGAAUUCUUAUAAGUAGAAACCAUAAAGCAGCGAUAUUUUUGACGGAAUUUUUGUAUCGACCUAGUCGGAAAUCUUUUGAAAGCGAUAAAAAUUGUGAUCGGUGUUACACCUUGAAUUAAUCUUAAGCGUUACAUUCGAUAGUUUGCUGUUGUUGACGAUAACACGUAGAGAUAUCCCCGAGAUAAAAUUGGGACGACGAUUUGCAGGUUUUGCAUACAUUAUACAUACAUACAUACGUAUAUUCGCAUUCGAAAAGUGUGCGUGUACAUGUGCGUUUGCAUAUACGUGGCGUAUCUGUGUGCGCAACUGCGUUCAUCUCGGUAUAUGUGUAGAGUCGAAUGUGCAGUGCGUCGUGAAACGAAAGUAAAACACCGACAGUGGUAGUGAAUAUGUAGUUGUUGGCAAAGCGAGGGGCGUCGCGUAGCGUGUUUAGCGUAGUGCUUUUACGUUACAAGCGUAGAUGCGAUUUGCGGCUCGAAAACGUCGUACUCGAUGUCGCGGCAAACGCAUGCUCCGAGCAGCGUGGUCGACGAAUAUUUUUACAUUCAGUGGUUUUACAAUCUAACGAAUAGCUAGAUAGUCGAGUGUGAAUAAAAACCGAGCUGCUUCUUAAACGAGCUACGUACCACGCCAGCGAGAUCGAGCGACGACUUUGCACGCGACGCGGGAUACAUCCGAUUCCUCCCUCGCGUACGUGUCAAUCUCGUCUAAUCUUACAUCGAUCUUGUUCGAUCGCACGCACGCACGCACGCACGAACGUACGUAAGUAUGUACGUACUUACGCAUGCAUGCACGUAUACACGCGCGCACGCACACAUGCACGCAGGACCGCAUACAUAUACACGAACGCACACACCUGCAUAUGAAGUAGGUCAAACAUUUGCACGCAUACGCAUCGCACAUGUGUGUACACCUAAUUAUCGAGUAGCACAAAAACCAGUUAGACUAACGUUUGUAUAUCGUAGCCUGUGUAUUAUACCGUUACGCAACCGUUGAAAUGCAAAAUGCAAAAUGCAACACGAAACAUUACGAUUUCGCAUAAACCUGUUAGAAAAAAGAAAAAAGAAAAAAAAAAGAAAGAAAGAAAAGGAAAAAAUAAGAAAAGAGAGAAAUGCGCUAGAACGACUCGUUCGACUCCUGUUCGACUCUUUCGAGUCGGAGUCCGAGCUAACGUUUGCACCAGAGGAGUGUCACAUGCACCAGAUCCAUAGCGUUUAGUCGUUAAGCGAACGCGUUCGCAGCGCGUUUAUAAAUAUUAUACGUUCGUAUGUCGCUCGAUCGCGUUUGGUCGAUCGUGAUGGAACGCCUGUUGGCGCGAUUACGCGCGCUCAGAUAGAAAAUUAGCCCCAUAAUCGGAGAAAAAGUGCCAAAAGUAAACGCGAACGACGGAUCGAAGGUGUCUCUCAGCCCUCGAGCGUUUCUUCUCCCUAUUUUCUUUUUCGAUUUUCUCGUUUGCUCCAACGCGCCGCGAUCGUUCGGAAUUUCGAGCGAUCCUGGCCGAUGGAGCUUUCGCGAAACUCGCGCGACAGCAACAACGAUCGGCGACCGGUGUCAAUGGAAACCGAGUUAGCCGAAGCAACGGACGGAUUAUCUCUACCGUAUACGCUUCUCACGUGGAUGAAGAUUAUUAUUCACGUGUGGCGCCAGAGAUUCGUUGUUCGAGCGAUCGAUCGUUCAUGUUUGGUAUUUAAUCUGCGUUUUCUCACGCAGAUGGAACGCGCGCUAAUUCUAAAACCUAUUUUAGAGAGUCAAACGAAUCGUCGACAUACAUUGCGUAGUGUAUACAAACUAAGUACGCGUUAAUUCGAACUGGAUGCGAAUUGGGCCUUAUACCAUGGAUUACCUCAAUCGUAAGCAGCUUGCGAGUCAAGUUCCAGUUUGCGAUAACGAUAGAACGAGCGUUAAUAGGAUUUUAGAGCGAUCCCGCGCGAGAAUGGCUCGCUACUCGAUAUCGAUCAGCGUAAUCCAGUCGAUACUUAUUCAGGUUCGAUCAUAGUCGGUAUUUUAUCGCCUAUCCGUAUUACCUCUCUGUUCUCGACACGAUUCACCCUGCUAUAACUCGCGCGAAGUGGCGAGUCGAGAAGUGCAAGUUGUUGGCCUCUGCGUCGGAUCGAGAGCGAGCCGACACGCGGGACUCAUUUGACACGGCGUACGACGCACCGCGUCAAACGAUAUUACUGUCUCGUUUUCUUCUUGGUCUUUCGUUCGAUCGGUAACAUCGUGAAAAGGAAAGGCAGGUCGCCUCCUCUAGUUGUUUUCCGAUUCGCAAAUUUAUCGAAAGUUGAACUUUACGCAUCGACCAUUUCAUCAUCGACUACUACAGUCUUUAAUCUUGAGAUUGAUAAACGCUCAUCGCGUAGUUCAGACAUAACUUGACGAAGAAACAACGUAGUCGGGUGGUCAUAAUGUAAGUACACCUACUUAAAGGAGAAGCAUCGUCGCGCUUGUAAACAAAAAGUUUCGAACGAAGAUAAAAGAAGAAAAGAGGUAAUGGAAAAAGUUAUGCUGGAAUAGCUGGCGAGCCGGAUGCUGAUGUGUUUGAGAAUAUAGAAAGAUAGCUAAUAAGUAAGUAGGGAACGACGCAGACGCUGGAUUCGCGAUCGUCCGAAUCGAAACGGAAAAGGAAAGUGGAAAAAAGAGAUUAUCGUGACAGCGUUAUCGUUUGACAUAUUGCGCGCGACUAUGAGUAUACAUAUCGUACGCGUGCAAACGAUACAUAGGACGAACAGGGUUCCGUCGAUCGGUGGAAGAAGAAGUAAGCGCAAACGAAUUCAACGGAAGCAAAAGAGAAAAAAGAAGAUAGGAUGGAUGCGAAAGAGGACGACCGAACGAACAAACGAACGGACGAACGAACGAAGGAAAGAACGAACGAACGAACGAACGAACAAACUAACGAAUGGAUGAAUGAACGGACGAAUGAAUGGACGAACGAAUGAAUGAACAGACGAACGAAGGGACGAACGAACGGACAAAGGAAUGAAUGAACGGACGAACACAUGAAUACAUAAGCGGGCGAAUGAACGAAGGGGCGAAAGAAAUUUCUGCGAUCGAUCGUGUUCGGUUAUGUACCGAAGUGAAGACUGCUCGCCACGCGUGUCCGGCCCUCGCAGCGCGCAACACUAUACAUAUAUUUUUUAGCUUCCUAUUGCGUAUGCACGUAAUAUUUGUUCUAAAAAUCAAGAGAAGAAUUAAACUGGAAGUUGGGAAGGUGUAUCUGUAUAGGUGGGUGGGAUGGAAGGAAACAUCGAUUCGAAGAAAUAAGUUGUAUUUUUCGACAAAGACUAGAAAAAGACGGACGAAGGGAAACGGAACGAACGAGCCCCGUUCGAAAAGUAAUUGCGUUUUCGAUUGACGACAUCGAUAAACAAACAAACGAACAAACAAAUAAACGAGCAAGCAAGCACAUAUACAUACACACAAACACACAAACACACAAACCGUUCGUUGUCGGAAACCUCGACUGAUUAGGCCCACGUAGCCAGAUCCGCAGUAAACGACUCUGUCAGUCGUACAGAUUUAACGCUUCCUUGUCAUAUCAUUUCCUCGUCGUUGUGUAUCACCUGUUAUACACCUUAUUGAUCUGAUCCGUGCGCGCACGCACACUCAACCACCCACCCACCCACUCACACACGCACACGCACACACAUUUUGCUCCACAUCUUGCCCUUCGUCCCGAGCAUUCCAGCAACCGACUCGGUCGCACAAUCUCUACCCUACAUCAUUCUGCUACCUCAUUCUCUUUCAUUCGACCCUCGACCCAACGACGAAGCGCAUCGAUUAACUCUUUAUCGCUUAACUAUAAGCUCGAUAUCGCUGUGUGUUUCCUUCGAGUCGAAAUAUCGUUUUACAAACUGAUAUAUCGUUGACAAACUGAUCGAACGGAGGCGUUUAUUAUUUCCUGAAUAUCGCUUGAUGCUCGACAUAACGUUGUAUAUCCGAAUAAAGAGAAUUUCGUUUGGGAAACGAA